AUGCAGCCCGGCGGCGGCGGCGCGAUCCGCGUGCUGAACGUGGCAGAGAAGCCGUCGGUGGCGAAGGCCGUGGCGGAGAUCCUGUCGCACCGCUCAAUGCAGUCGCGGGCGGGCCGGUCCCAGUACAACCGCAUCUUCGAGUUCAACUACGCCAUCAACGGCCGCUCCUGCCACAUGCUCGUCACCUCCGUCACGGGCCACCUCAUGGAGCUCGAAUUCGAUGACCGCUUCCGCCGCUGGCACUCCUGCGACCCCGCCGAGCUCUUCCACGCCCCCGUCCGCAAGUCCGUGCUCCAGGACAAGCAGCCCAUAAAACAAACUUUGGAAGAAGAAGCUAGGAGAUGCCAGUGGCUGGUGCUAUGGCUUGAUUGUGAUAGAGAGGGUGAGAACAUAGCAUAUGAAGUGAUCGAGGUUUGUACAGGUGCGAACAGGCAUCUUAACAUUUGGAGGGCUCGCUUCUCAGCUUUGAUUGACAGGGAAAUACAUGAAUCUGUGCAACAUCUUGGCAGGCCCAACAAGCUCUUUGCGGAUGCUGUGGAUGCAAGGCAGGAAAUUGACCUUCGCAUUGGUGCCUCCUUCACAAGGUUUCAAACAACGUUGUUAAAAGAUGCAUUUGUAAUUGAUGUGACUGGGGAUGACAGGAAUUUGGUUCUGAGCUAUGGUCCUUGUCAGAUGGGAAGACGAAUUGGACAAUGCGCCACCGCCUCCAUCCUGCGCUGCCACCACUCUGGUGUGCCGCCGCCGCCAUCCCCGUGGCACCUCCGUCUCCUGCGAAGAGGAGGAAUCCUCCGCGUGAGGUACGCUGCCAGCCGCCCCACUGACUGCAGCUACCGCCAGACCCGGCCGCCGGUGCCUCGCCCUCCGCCUCUAAGCUCCAUGCGCGUACUCGGGCCAGAUCGACGUGUGUGCGCUGGUGGCGGACCUGGCACAUACGAGGCCGGGUACGCGACGUUCCUGAGGUCGAUGCUGCGGCUGAAGCAAUGGGGAGAGUUCAAGGGCGUUGCCAAGUUCUUCAUCAGCCGCGCCUCCGAGAUCGGGGACGAUGUCCUCAAUGAGAGCGGGGAGAGGCUGGAGGCCAGGUUUGUGGAGAUGCACCGGAACAAGGCCGUGGACCCGCAGUGUUGCGCCUCGUACAUCCGCAGAGUGUUGCAGGAGCAGGAGAUCCAACAGCGGCACCAGCAGCAGCUGCUGCAGCAGCAGGUCACCGCCGCCGCAGUGCAACGCCAGCAGUAG